AUGCAGCUGAAGUUCCGCUAUUUCUUACUAUGUCUAACUGUAAUUAUUGUCUGUUGCUUCCUUGGAGUUGUCUUCGAAGCGGUCCUUUUGACUACAAGAAACAGACAAGAAGGGAAACUGCCGUUAAAGAUUCUGGAUGAUGACGACUUCACGGGAACUAAAUCCAGAAGGGACUGCAGAUUCCAUUCCUGCUUUAAUCACUUCAAAUGUCAUGUUGACGUAAAUUGGGACGUUAAAGUUUUUGUCUACCCUGAAGUAACUUAUCUUAACCAAGCCAAGGAGCAAAUAUUUCCUGAGACUACGAAAGAAUUUCAAGAAAUAGUUCAAGCUAUAAAGAAAAGCAGGUUUUGGACGAACAAUUCAGCCCAUGCUUGUAUAUUUAUACCCCAUUUUGACUUUCUAUCAGAAAAAGCAGUGCUAACAGGAUCAGCUGGAAAAGCUCUGGCAUCCUUGAAACACUGGGAUGAUGGAGAAAACCACAUUAUAUUUAACUUCUUCCAAAAAAAGACAUCUUCUGCUAACCCAUUGACUGUGAAUAUUGGAAAGGCUGUGGUGGCAAGUGGAAGCUUCAACCAAGGCAAUUUCAGACCAAAAUUUGACAUUGUCAUACCAGUCCUGAAUUCAUUUGUAAAUAUUAAUGAUAUCCAUUCAGAAUUUGCCAAUAUGGAUUUCACUGCUGAAAGAAAAUGGCUUCUAGCAGUCCCAUAUGGAUUGAUUACAAAAUCACUUAAGACUGAGCUUGAUGACAUGUUAAAUAGACACAGGGAUUCUAUCUUGCAACUGUCAUAUUGCAGACAUUCUGAUUUGCAGAGACAUACUCAGGAACGCUGUAUGUCAAAUACUGUUCACAAUUAUCCAGAUAUUCUGAAACAGAGCACCUUUUGCUUGAUUCUCCCUUCAACAGGGCUUUGGAAAACUUUUUUAACAGAUGCUUUGAUGCAAGGGUGUAUACCAGUUGUACUUCAAGAAAACCUAAUGCCUUUUUCAUUUGUUCUUGACUGGAAACGAGUAUCUGUUACUUUCAAUAUUAAUCAGGUCAAGGAUCUUAUUACUAUGUUGAGAAAAAUUGAUAAAUAUCAAUUAGUUAUUUACAGAAAACAAUCAAUUUUCCUUUGGCAAAAAUACUUUUCCUCUCUUGGAAAGGUUGUUUUAACCACAUUGGAAAUUUUGAACGAGCGAAUAUCUCCACAUCGAGCAAAAGGCUAUUCUGAAUGGAAUGGUGAGCUAAAGAUCUAUCGAAAGGGUCAAUUUUUUGAAGGCUCUUACCCUCCUCUUUAUAUCCCACUUGCCCCAUCAAAGAAGCAAGGAUUCACAGCUGUUAUUCUCACAUAUAACAGAAAGGAAAUGUUGUAUCACCUCAUAAGACAUCUCAAUAAUUGCCCAAGCUUGGUGAAAAUUCUUGUUGUUUGGAACAACCCAAAUCUUGAAACACCAGCAACAUCUGAGGUGCCUGGCAUAUCUAAACAGCUUGUUUUUAUUAAAGGAAAGAAAAACAAAUUAAGUAACAGAUUUUUUCCUUACAAGGAGAUUGAAACUGAGGCAAUCCUUUCUAUUGAUGAUGAUAUAUCAAUGCUUACCAUGGAUGAGUUGGAAUUUGGAUACCAGGUCUGGAGAGCCUACCCAGAUCGCCUUGUUGGAUUUCCUGGUAGAAAUCACAAGGAAUCAGAUUCUGGACCGUCAAAAACCCUGAUAUAUGAGUCAGAAUGGGCAAAUGAUGUAUCAAUGGUCUUGACUGGUGUUGCAUUCUACCACAAGGUAUAUAACCACAUGUUUACUUACAAAAUGCCCAGGGAUAUCAUAUCAUUUGUUGAUCAAAGAAUGAACUGUGAAGAUAUAGCAAUGAACUUUUUAGUGGCAAACCUCACAAGAAAAGCAGUGAUAAAGGUGACACCUAGGAAAAGGUUCAUAUGCCCUAAAUGUGGAAGUAAUGAAUCAUUAUGGUCAGAAACAAGUCACUUUACUAAACGGUCUGAAUGCUUAAAAAAGUUUAUGGGUCUGUUUGGUGGGAAAAUACCUCUGGAGAGAGUAGACUUCAGGGCUGAUCCUGUUCUUUUCAAAGAUGAUGUUCCAUUGGAAGUUCAAGAAUUUCCAGACAUUGGCAGUGUUUAAUUUUUAGUAGUGUUAGUACUUUUUCUAUAUCUGAUAGACAUUUUUAUACAUGCAUCAUAAACAUAUGUAUAAUUUAUUCCAUUGAUAUAAAUAUUACCAUUUUUAUGG